ACAAAUGCCAAUUUGACCGCUGUGCUCCCAUUUUUCUCAAGUAGAAAAAGAGACUCCGUUUUCUCGGUCUCUCAGAUCCAAUUCUCCGUUUCUUCCUCUUUCUUAGAUCUCCGAAUUCCAGCAUUUGGAUCUUCAAUUUCACAUUCUUUAAGCUUGCGUAAAGAGAAAAAAAAAAAACAGUACGGUUUAAUUCUGAAUAGUGCUAUUUUGGUGAUCGAUUUAAUUGCAGCAUUUGGUUUAGUUUCUAUUCCAUCUGUGUCGACCUCUCUACUAGAGUUUCCUACCUUAAUACGAUCAUGAAUCCUUUUUCUUCCGGUACUCGUCUAAGGGACAUGAUACGGGCUAUACGUGCAUGCAAAACUGCAGCAGAAGAGCGUGCUGUUGUAAGGAAAGAGUGUGCUGCUAUUCGUGCUUCAAUUAAUGAAGAUGAUCAAGAUUAUAGGCACCGUAACCUGGCAAAACUCAUGUUCAUUCAGAUACUUGGAUAUCCCACUCAUUUUGGCCAAAUGGAGUGCUUGAAGUUGAUUGCAUCUGCUGGAUUUCCAGAGAAGAGGAUAGGAUAUCUUGGUCUUAUGUUGCUUCUUGAUGAAAGACAAGAAGUUCUCAUGUUGGUCACAAACUCAUUAAAGCAAGAUCUGAACCAUUCAAACCAGUACAUUGUAGGACUUGCUCUUUGUGCACUGGGUAAUAUUUGUUCAGCAGAAAUGGCCCGUGAUCUUGCACCUGAAGUAGAAAGAUUGCUGCAGUUUCGAGAUCCAAAUAUCAGGAAGAAAGCAGCAUUGUGCUCCAUACGGAUCAUAAAGAAAGUUCCAGACCUGGCUGAAAACUUUAUCAAUUGUGCCGCUUCCCUACUUAAAGAAAAGCAUCAUGGGGUCCUGAUAACAGGAGUUCAACUUUGUGCAGAUCUAUGUAAAGUCAGCUCAGAAGCCCUUGAAUACUUUAGAAAGAAGUGCACAGAAGGUUUGGUCAGAACUCUGAGGGAUAUAGUAAACAGCCCCUAUUCACCUGAGUAUGACAUUUCUGGCAUCACUGAUCCUUACCUUCAUAUAAGAUUACUUAAGCUUUUGCGGAUAUUGGGCCAGGGAGAUGCUGAUGCCAGUGAUCGUAUGACUGACAUACUUGCCCAGGUCGCAACAAAAACCGAGUCAAAUAAAAAUGCAGGAAAUGCUAUUCUUUAUGAAUGUGUUGAAACCAUCAUGAGCAUUGAAGAUGAUGGUGGCUUACGUGUGCUUGCUAUAAAUAUCUUGGGGAAAUUCUUGUCUAAUCGUGACAAUAAUAUCAGAUAUGUUGCAUUAAACAUGCUUAUGAGGGCUACAACGUUGGAUGCUCAAGCAGUGCAGAGGCACAGGGCAACAAUUUUGGACUGCGUAAAGGAUUCAGAUGCUUCAAUUCGGAAAAGGGCACUUGAACUCUUGUACUUGCUGGUGAAUGAAAACAAUGUAAAGCCCUUGAUAAAAGAGCUAAUUGAAUAUUUGGAAGUAAGCGAUCAAGAAUUUAAGGGAGAUCUUACUGCCAAGAUUUGCUCCCUUGUUGAAAAGUUUUCCUUAGAGAAGAUUUGGUACAUUGAUCAAAUGCUCAAGGUUCUUUCUGAGGCUGGAAAUUUUGUGAAAGAUGAAGUCUGGCAUGCCCUUAUUUUUGUCAUAUCUAAUGCUUCUGACCUCCAUGGAUAUACAGUCAGGGCACUGUACAGAGCAUUCCUAACAUCAACAGAACAGGAAACUCUUGUUCGAGUGGCAGUUUGGUGUAUUGGUGAAUAUGGUGAUAUGUUGGUGAAUAAUGUGGGGAUGCUUGAUAUUGAAGACCCAAUAACUGUAACAGAGUGUGAUGCUGUGGAUGCCGUAGAGGUUGCUAUUAAGCGUCAUACUUCAGAUCUCACUACUAAAGCAAUGGCCCUGAUUGCUCUGUUAAAGCUCUCUUCUCGUUUUCCUUCUUAUUCAGAGAGGAUUAAGGGUAUAAUUGUCCAAAAUAAAGGAAACCUUGUGCUUGAGCUGCAGCAGCGAUCUAUAGAAUUUAAUCGUAUUCUUCAGAAGCAUCAAAAGAUUAGAUCUGCAUUGGUUGAAAGGAUGCCAGUUUUGGACGAGGCAACUUUCAGUGGAAGGAGGGCUGGCUCCUUGCCAACAGCUAUUUCAACCUCUUCUGGAGCACCCUCUAAUCUUCCAAAUGGAAUUGCUAAACCCGCUACAGCUCCUAUUCCAGAUUUACUUGACCUGAGUUCAGACGAUGUCCCUGCACCUAGCUCUUCUGGUGGUGAUUUUCCACAGGAUCUUCUCGGUGUUGAUUUGUCACCAACUCUUGCACCAUCAGGCGCUGGUAAGCCUCCAAAAGCUAGUACAGAUGUUUUGUUGGAUCUUUUGUCAAUCGGAACGUCGCUUCCUGUGCAAACCGGCUCGUCUGCAUCUGACAUAUUAUCCUCCAGUCAAGAUGACAAAGCCCCAUUUGCAAAUUUUAAUGGGCUUGCAUCACUUUCCUCACUUUCUGCAAAUGCCACUUCUCCCGUAAACGCUGCUCCAAUGAUGGAUUUAUUGGAUGGGCAUGGCCCUGGUCCUCAAAAGCCCGAGGAAAAUGGUCAAGCUUAUCCAUCUUUAGUUGCAUACGAGAGCAGCUCCUUAAGAGUGAUGUUCAACUUUUCAAAGCAACCAGGGAGCCCUCAAACAACGUUGAUCCAGGCUACUUUUACAAAUUUGUCAUCUAAUGUUUACAAUGAUUUUCUUUUCCAGGCAGCAGUUCCAAAGUUUCUUCAGUUGCACUUAGAUCCAGCUAGCAGCAACACUUUGCCUGCAAGCGGUGAUGGAUCCAUCACACAAAAUUUGAAGGUCACUAAUAGCCAACAUGGGAAGAAAUCGUUGGUCAUGCGCGUAAGGAUAGCGUACAAGACGAACAACAAAGAUGUUUUGGAAGAAAGACAAAUAAACAAUUUCCCCCAAAAUUUGUGAGGUUGGUUCAUCCACGGAUAUGUGCACCAUAUAGUCAUGUUUUUCCUUUUCUUUUGUAUCUUGUUUUACCUCUGAGAAGCUUCAUCCCACCAUUUGUAGUAUGCUAGUGCAAUAAUUUGUUAACAAAUUCUCUCAGUUUUAGGUGAUCUUAUGUACAUUACUUUAAACCCCUUUCGGUGCGGAAUUGUGGGGAAUAGAAUUUUUGGCUUAAAAUACACAAGAAACUGAAAUGUGUUAUAUUUGGAAUUACAAGGUGAAAGUAUGCUGUUCCUGCAAUUUGAGCACGGAAUUAUUUAUGGAACUCAUUCUUACCUUGUUAUUA